UAAAAUUAAUAAUUGUGUUUCACGUGUACUGUACACGUGGUUACACAAGAUGUCAUGGCUACUUGGAAGAUUCAAUCAAACUGGAGAAGGUCCUUCUCCUCCAGGAGCGGCAGGUCCGCCAGGAGAUGGUGGUGGAGCGAAGACACCUGGUAAUGGAGACAGAAAAGGAGGAAAUGACAAAAACACGGAAAAGGGAAAGAAAUGGACUGGGUUUGAUCCCACUGGACUCGAGAGGGCAGCAAAAGCAGCUAGAGAGCUGGAUCACUCUUUACAUGCCACCGAAGCAUUAGAAAUGGCUCGUCUUCAAGAACAAACGGAACAACUUAAGCAUCAGGAAAAAAUUAAAGAAUAUGAAGCAGCAAUCAAACAGAUGGAAGCUGAUAAAGCUAGAAUUGAGCAUGAGGAAAGGAGAAAGACACUAGCAGCAGAAACUGAGCAACAUCAAAAGAGAGCUCAGUACCAAGAUCAGUUAGCAAGAAGGAGGUAUGAUGAUCAACUUCGCCCAACUAGGUUGACGCAAGAAGAGAAUUUAAAGAAACAAGAGGAAUCCGUACAAAAACAAGAACAAAUGAGAAGAUCUACCAUUGAGUAUGAAGCUAAUUUAAGACACAAGAAUGAAAUGCUUCGUUUAGAAGCUGAACUAAAGGGAAAAGCUAAGAUUGAGAGAGAGAAUAGAGACCUCAAUUUAGAAAAGAUUCGUGUUAAGGCAGCAGAAAACAGAGUCACUGUAUUGGAGAGUGUCAAAACUGCAGGUGCUAUUAUUGGUGAUGGGGUAUCAAAUUUUAUCACAAAUUGGGACAAAAUGACUGCCACUGCUGCUGGUAUAACAUUAAUAGCUAUUGGAGUAUAUGCUGCUAGGACUGGUACUGCAGUUGCUGGUCGAUUUAUUGAAGCACGUCUUGGGAAACCGUCUCUAGUGAGAGAAACGUCACGUCUAUCAUUAUUACAGUCUUUAAGACACCCUCUGCAGGCUUUUGGUAGAUUAUUCACAAAGCCAAGUGAUCCUCUACAAGGAAUAAUAUUCAAUCCUAGACUAGAGGAGAGAGUUAGGAGUUUAGCUAAAGCAACUAUCAAUACAAAGCAUAAUGGAGGAGUGUACAGGAAUGUACUAAUGUAUGGGCCACCUGGCACUGGUAAAACAAUGUUUGCUAAGAGUUUAGCACGU